AUGAGUCCAAGAUCAACAUCAUCCACUGCGACUCUCAACGCCAUCGAGAAGACUGUCCAAGACCUCGAGCUCGACAAUAUGGAAAUCGACAAGAAGGAGUGGCAGUCGAGCAUCGACGCCGGCUCGCUUUACAAGUCGCGCUUCGACAAUCUCACCAUUGGGCAGGCUCUAUGGACGUUCCGCAAGGCGCUGUUCUACUGCUUUUGCAUCUUCACCGGUCGCAUGCUCGAGUACUUUGCCAUGGUCGUGACGGGCGCGAUCCUCGUCAACCCCGGCUUCAUCAAGCAGUUUGGAGACCCGAUCGGCAUGCUCGGCUCGACCAUUCUCGACCCGAACUGGAUUUCGGCGUGGGGCGCCGUCGGUAGCGCGGGCGGCGUCAUUGCCAUGCUCUCGAUCACUUGGUUUGCUGACCGUUUCGGACGCAAGCUCUCGCUUCUCCUCGCCUGGCUCUUCACGGCGUGCUCCAUGAUUUGCCUCACGACAGCCAACUCGAAGGGUGUCUGGCUCGUUGGCCAAAUCUUUAUGGGCGCCGGUAUUGGCAUCAUUGGCGUCAUUGUCGCGCCGUACGGCAUGGAGAUUUGCCCCACCCGCGUGCGUGGUCUGGUUCUCUCGGCAGCCAUCUUUUGGGGCGCCAUUGCGACGCUCCUCGCGUCGGUCAUGAUGAAUGAGCUCACAAAGCGCCACCCCCUCAACUGGCACCUGCCAAUCUAUGCGACGUGGGGACCCGUCGGCUUCAUGCUGCUCUGCUUCCUCGUUGUCCCCGAGUCGCCCUGGUUCUACGCUCGUCACGGCGACAAGGACAAUGCGAUGAAGGCGCUGCGCAAGCUUUACGGCGGCGUUCCCGGCUACGACUUUGAAGAGGAGUACUCCAUUAUCGUGCGCACCGUCGAGCACGAGCGAUCGCAAAUCCAGGCCAACAAGGCUUCCGGAUGGACCGACCUGUGGAAGGGCACCAAUGGAAAGCGCACCAUUUCGGCAACCAUCAUUUCGGCCUCGGUACAGCUCGGCGGCUUCCCGCUCCUCUACUCUUUUGCACCCCUGACCUACGCCUAUGCUGGAUUUAGCAACCCGUUCCAGGUCAUUGUCAUUACGAGCACGGUGCAGUGCGUCGUCGUCCUCUUCAUGAUGAGCGUGUUUGACCGCUACGGUCGCCGACCCUUUGUAACGACAUCCUACUCGUUCCAGGCCAUCUCCAUGCUUUUGUGGGGCUGCAUGAACUAUGUCGACCCGAAGAAGGGCCAGAACCGCUUUGCGGGUCUGUACUUCUCUGCGUGCCUGUGGGCCGCAACCGCGACCAUUGCCGGCAACUCGCAGACGCUCUACGUUGCCGAACUCCCCGCGGCCUACCUCCGCAUCAAGACGGGCGUCUUCUGCUACGUUCUCCACGCCGUCAUUGGCAUCGUGUUCACCUUUGCCGUGCCACGUAUGCUCACCACGAUUGGGCUCAAGUCUGGCUUCGUCUUCUUUGCGACCGCGACGCCCAUCGCCAUCUUCCUUUGGUUCUUCCUGCCCGAGACCAAGUGGCGCUCAGCGGCCGAGAUUGACGAGCUCUACGAGCGUCGCAUCCCGGCCUGGCGCUGGAACAAGACGAGGACCAAGGUCGAGGAUCAGCUCGACGAGGUCACGCGCAAGGGCGAAGCCAUCAACACCAUUGCUCGCGACCCACACGAGAUGGCCAUUCGCUCUGGCAUGCCGCACUAG